AAAUGUAAGUUCAUGACAAUAUCCCGUCUGGAGCGCCCCAUCAUGGUCGAUUAUUGUAUAGGUGGUAAGAAUAUAGAUAGAGUGUUUGUUUUCAAGGAUCUGGGUGUUUCAUAUGAUAGCACAUUGUCUUUUAGGGCACAUAUUCAGGCCAUUUCUGCGUCAUCUCUCAGGACUUUGGGAUUCGUUAUUAGAAAUGCUAGGGACUUCAACGUCGAGACUCUGCAACAUCUUUAUAUAUCUUUAGUUAGACCUAUGUUGGAGUUCUCUUCUGUCGUGUGGUCUCCAUACUUAUCGAUCGAUGUUUCUUUGCUGGAGAGGGUUCAGAACAGGUUUCUCAGGUGUGCUGCUGUUAGAAUGGGUACUUUCUCGGUCUAUACUUUCUCAGCUAGUCGAAUGCGCGACCGUCUUGGACUGUCCUCUUUGAGAACGAGGAGGUUUCAUGCGGAUGUGAUAUUAAUUGCUAAGCUCUUUCAAGGUCUUUUGUACUCCCCUGACUUGUUAUCGCAAUUCAGUCUGUAUGUUCCUCCUAGACCCAUCCGAAGGUUUGAUUUGUUUCGACUCGCACAGUCGAGGACUAAUUAUUGUUUAAAUUCUCCGGUUUCGAGGAUGAUGAGAAACGCUAAUGUCGUGGACUCCUUAGGAGUUGAUAUAUUUCAUGAUUCCAUUUCGAGGUUGAGAAGAGAUUUGAAGUACCUGAUAAGACUGUGAUAUUUUGGAUACAUUUGAGUUGUUGCUCUAUUGUCUUCUUUCUGUUUUGAUGUAUAUAUUUAUAUGUAUGUAUACUUGAAUUUACUCUACGUCUACUCUCUUUUGUGUUUUGAUGGAUUGAUUUGUAUUUUUUUUCUUAACUAAAAGGUCAUGUACCGUUAAUAAAUAAAUAAA